AUGCGCAAAUGGGACUUAUUUCCUUCCCAAGAAACGAUAACCCUAACCCGAGUGCUAAACUACCCUGGAAUUAAGCGCAAGGCACCCUGUAAUAUGCAGGAGGAGGAGGAGGAGACAGUGGAAGAAAUAGGGGGAAACGAGGAAGACUGUGAACGCGAGAAGGGCAAGAAGGAGAGGACUAAGACUGUCUGCCACUGCCAGGGCCGGCCGGCUGGCUGGCUCUCACGCCUGCGUAACGUCCCCAUUCUGCGUCGCUGUUUAUUCAAGGGAUGGCGUAAACGAAUGGAUGCAUGUCUUUUGAGCAAACACGUAAUGAUGUAUGAGCUACCCUACGUUCGCUUUGAUCAUCUUAAAGCAGAUGAAGAUGUCCAACAUGACAACAAGAACAUAUGA